GCCUGAAUUUUCAAACCAUAAAUAUUCGGCAUCCUGAGCAUUUUUCAGUGCAUUGAGGAAUAUCCUGACUGCAGUACUGCCAAGGGGGAAGAACAAAUCAGAUCAUGGAGGUCACAUCUCAACCUACUGCAUUCGCACCCAGAGACUUUCACACGAGCUUAAUGAGCUGCUGUGAUGACGUGGGCGUAUGCUGUUGUGGUCUCUUCUGCCUCCCGUGUUUGGGCUGCUCCAUUGCUAAGGACAUGAAUGAGUGCUGCUUAUGUGGCUUAGGAAUGCCUAUCCGAAGUGUAUACCGAACUAAAUACAACAUACAAGGUACCAUGUGUAAUGACUGGCUCUCGGCGUACUGCUGCUACUCGUGUGCAGCCUGCCAGCUGAAGAGGGACAUCAACAUAAUGAAGAGCACUGGAGCACUGAAACCAUGAGAUUUGAAGGAGUUUCCGAGUUCUGCUAUCUGGCCGUCUAUACUAGUGACUCCUUAUGCAUUUCUCCUGGAAACGAAAGAUCGAAGAAAGUUGAAGGAUUUAACCAUUUAAUACGCAAUGACAAUGUUUUAAAUAGAAAGGCUCCAAAAGUUGUUUUGUUGUUGUUGUUUUUUUCGCAGAAGAUCCAUUUUUGGUUCCCCAAAGAAGCUUUCAGUGAACUGUUCUUAAAGAACCAUGUUUUUUGUGUGUGUGAAGAACAUUUUAAUAAUCUAUACACUUUUUUUUCCACUGUAAAGAACUUUUUCUGCAAUGUAAAGGUUCAAUGGAUGUUAAAGGCUCUUCAUGGAACCAUCAUUGCCAAUAAAGAAAUUAGAUUUUUAA